GUAGUAAAACGUUAGUUACGUACACCACGUAUGGGUAGUAAAGUGUUAGUUACGUAAACCACGUAUGGGUAGUAAAGUGUUAGUUACGUAAACCACGUAUGGGUAGUAAAGUGUUAGUUACGUACACCACGUAUGGGUAGUAAAAUGUUAGUUACGUACACCACUUAUGGGUAGUAAAAUGUUCUUGUUUUUCAAAUUCACCAUUCUUCUGAUAUUAUCCUGUAGACCAAUAGUUUCAAAGGUUUCCAAGGAUUUGGCACCACGGAGAAAAUAGGACAAAAAACUACUUCAACAUUUGCCGGCUUUCAAGGCUUUUCAAAACAGGCUAAAAAAACAGAAGAUGUUUCCAUGAACGUAAACGAUUCAAAAUCUGAUGGAAAAAACGUCGAUGUAAACGAUGUUUACAUGACUAAUGUGAAACGUCUUAAUGAGGAUGUUUGCGAAUGGAUAAAAAAGCACAUCUCUCAAAAUCCAUAUGUUGAUCUAUCGCCAGUUUUUAAAGACUAUGAGAAACAUUUAUCAACUCUUGAGAAGAAAUAUCGUUCAUAUUCUGUGGAUGACUGCGAUAAUAAAACUAUGGCUACUGCUGUUACAUUUCCAACGUCAAUUUCUACUGCAGCGUCUGUAAAUUCUUCUGCCUUCACUCCAACAUAUGGAUCGAGCAAUCUAAGUCCGGCAACAUCAAUACCAUCAACCAAUAAUACGACAGAACCUGAGGACGAACCGAAAACACAAAGUCAAAUCAAGAGUUCGCCAGAAGAAGAUGCUUUUUUCUCACUUCGUUGCAAACUCUUCUUUAAAAAGACAGAUGAUUGGUCUGAACUUGGUGUAGGAAUGUUAAGCUUAAAGAAAAUCUCCGAUGAAAAGAUUCAGGUGAUAAUACGUAAUGAUACUGCCUUGGGUAAGAUUAUUCUUAACGUCAUCAUUAAUGAAUCUACACCCAUGUCAAGAUCGGGGAAAAAUAAUGUGUUGCUUCUAAGCGUGCCAAACCCGCCCGUAUUUGGUAAAGAAGGCGAUAAUUCCAAGCCUGUCAGUUAUUUAAUCAGGGUAAAAAGUGCAGAAAAUGCCGAAGAACUUCUCACGAAAAUGAAGCCAUUGUAAACGUGUGCUGAUUACGGGAAUAUGUGGUUAAUCAUGUCAUCAAGUUCAGUAGAGAAGUACUUGACAGAGUCGUGGUGAUGAUUUUAUCGAUUCUUAAUGGAGGGAUGAUUAGUAAAGAAAGAUUUGUAGCUACCUGGUAGCUGCUUGGUGAAGUUUAGUAGAAUACUAAGGGUUUUUAAAAGAGUGAUAAUAUUUUAUUGUAAGACUAAAUGGCAACAUCUCAAAAAUGGCACCCAGAGCUUACAAAAUCUGAACAAUCAAGAAUAUGGAACUUUUGCUCACUUAUAAACUGCAUAUAUAAAUUGCUGAACUCAUGCAAACCUUUUGUAGCUCUGUUUUACAUACCUUUAUUAAAACCUAUGGUUAAUAUCUAUGCUUUCA